UGUACUUGCGCAGUAGUUUCUUUGCUUUUUCAAGCUGUGUCUUCAGUCGCUCACCGUCAUCUCUCUCAUUGGAUUCUUGCUUUUUCGUGGGUUUUGCUUUGCGCUUGCCCUUCACAAUAUUGCCGGAAGAGAUACCCUCGUUGUGGAGUCGUGAUGUUUUAGCCGUGUUCUUGAGGGGUUGCUCUUCUUCCUCAUCCGCAUUUGGUACCUGCUCACUUCACCACUCGCCACUCUGCAAAAUGUCCCACUCUGAACCACUUCGGUGCUCUAAUUGCCUUCAUGAAUUUAAAAGCGAUCAAGGGCUUGCUUCUCAUAUGCGUCAAAAAGCAGCGUGCCGGGAGAUAUUUGAUAGGAAGCUCCUGCUGAGCAAGACUCCGGUCCAGCACAUUUAAGCAGCUCUCUCGAUGCUUCUUUCACUGCACCGUGUCUUCCCAUGCGAAAUGAGGACGUAGAAAUGCUGAAGAUAGGGACUACGAUGCUGGAGGCCUGCCACACGAUCCGCAUGUGCGUACGGUCCCCGGUGCUGCCGCAACGUACAAGAAAUGCGACAACUUGUUCGAGAAGCUUCAUGAUGCUCGUAUCAAAGAAGGGCUUGGCGACAAUCCAUGGGCUCCAUUUGAGUGCGAAGAUGAAUGGAAGCUCGCACGCUUCCUCUAUUUGCAACUUGCUUAAUUUUGGUGUUGAUGCCAGAGAACGGAAGACUCGCUCUCGCACUUCGCUCUCGUUCACGAACAAACGCCAGUUCUUGAAGAAAAUUGACCAGCUUCCCCGAGGGCCAAAGUGGGAGUGUGAGCUUUGGGAAGUGGAGGGCGACUUGUUAGAUGCGAACGGGCAAAAGCAGAAGGAGGUGAUGGAGCUUUGGCAAAGGGACCCGAAACGGCUAUUUGAAGAUGCGUACGUAUCUUUUGAAACCGUACGAUGCUCUGAACAAGCUUGUAGAAAAUCCUCCCACCAGGGGCUACAGUUGCCCCUGUCAUUCUUGCCUCCGAUAAGACACAGCUGUCGACGUUCAGUGGAGACAAGUCAGCCGUCUGCUCAUGCCACCGUUCUUAUCGGCUAUCUUCCCGUGACUAAACUCGAGUGCUUUUCGGAGGAGCAGCGCGCUCAAAAGCGAUAUCAACUCUUCCACGAAUGUAUGCGCUCGCUACUUGCACCACUUGUGGAAGCCGGGUGCAAGGGUGUCGAUGUUGAAUGCGGCGAUGGAUUUGUUCGCAAAGUAUUCCCUAUUCUGGCAGCAUACAUUGCGGACCAUCCAGAGCAAUGUCUCAUCGCUUGCUGCCAGGAGAACUUUUGCCCACAGUGUCUCGUAGACCCAAAGAGGCGCGGAGAACCGGUUCAGUCCACCUGCUGAAUUCAAGACUUCAGCCUUCGUCCCGUUCUUUCCUUCUGGGCGGACUUGCCCCACUGCGACAUCUUCACUUGCUUCACUCCGGACAUCCUCCACCAACUACACAAGGGCAUGUUUAAAGAUCA